UUCUGUGGCCUCGCCCAACAUUCGGGGCAUUUCUAUCCCUGACACAGGGACCUGGAUCUGGGUCCUGCCCUGGUCGGCAGGGACAUGGUGCCUCUUCUGCUGCUGCCCCUGCUGUGGGGGGGGUCCCUGCAGGAGCAUCCAGAGUACCAGCUCCGAGUGCAGGACUCCGUGACUGUGCAGGAGGGUCUGUGUGUCCACGUGCGCUGCUCCUUCUCCUACCCUUUGUACUGGUGGGAUUCCAACAAGACGCCCUACAUAUACUGGCUCCAGGGUGGGGACACCCCAAAUAACCGUCGUCCCGUGGCUACAAACAACCCACAGAGACCAGUGAAGGCAGAAUCCCAAGGCCGAUUCUUCCUCACCGGGGACCCCUGGGCCAAGGACUGCUCCCUGAGAAUCAGAGACGCCAGGAGGAGCGACGAGGGAGUCUACUACUUCCGAGUGGAGAGAGGAGAAGAAGUGAAAUAUACCUACACAGAUACACCGCUGAGUCUGCGGGUGACAGCCCUGACCCAGGACCCCGACAUCCACGUCUCGGAGCCCCUGAAGUCUGGCUGGCCCGCACAGCUGACCUGCAGCCUGCUGGGGUCCUGCGAAGGGGGAAGACCUCUCACAUUCUCCUGGGCGGGGGCUGCCCUGGACUCGCUGGACCCUGAGGCCCUGCACUCCUCGGUGCUGACCUUCACCCCGAGGCCCCAGGACCAUGGCACCAACCUCACCUGUCAGGUGCAACUGCCAGGAGCCCAGGCUACCCUGGAAAGAACCAUCUGGCUCAAUGUCUCCUGUGCUCCCCACAACCUCACCAUCAGCAUCUUCUUCAGCAAUGACACAGUGCAGAAGACCCUGUGCAACGGGAUGUCACUGCUGGUCCCGGAGGGCCAGUUCCUGCGACUGGUCUGCAGGGCUGCCAGCAACCCCCCUGCGGUGCUGAGCUGGUCCCAGGAGGGGAGGGCCCUGCACCCCGCCCAGCCCUCAGCACCCGGGGUCCUGGAGCUGCCCCACGUAGGGCCUGGAGACGAAGGGGAAUUCACCUGCCAGGCUCAGCACCCGCUGGGCUCCCAACACAUUUCCUGCAGCCUCUCUGUGCACAGAAGCCCCUGUUCCUGCAACAGUGUGACCCAGAAGCAAGAGGGCUCCUGGCCCGUGGUCCUCACCCUGCUCAGAGGGACCCUCAUGGGGGCAGGCUUCCUCCUCACCUAUGGGCUCACCUGGAUCUACUACACCAGGUGUAGAGGCCGCCAAGGGGCAGGGCUGAGUCCAGACUGAGCCUCCCUCCUUUGGGACUCGGGACUGAAGUGUGGCUCAGGAGCCCAGAGGACAGAUGUGGGGCUGCCAUGCUCAGCCUCUUCCAGGGAGCUCUCCGCCCAACCCUCUGCAGUGUGCCCCGAGGAGUGUAAUCUGGGGACGUGACCGAGUGAGAACGUGGGGAGGCCACACCAUCCCAAGAAGGGACUACUUAUGUUUCUAGAGGGGAUGUCGCCCACCAGGCAUUCAGGGCCCCAGGGGCCGAGGCGGGUGCACAGAAACCUCGCCACAUCCCGAAGGGGGACCUGUGGGGAAGGCCAGGGCGGGAGAGCCGGUCGGGAUCAGCUAGUUUGAGUCCUUCUGGGGGCCUUGGCCUGGAGGGGUGCCCCUCGGUGUCUGGAACCCAUCCUGGGGGGUACAAGGCAGGAGAAAUGUGGCCUCACGUGGGAGUGAGGGACCAGGGGUGCUUGGGGGACUCGGGCUGGGGACUGGCUGGUUUGGUCUGGAGGGAGAGCUCCUGCCAUCCUGAAGUCCUGGCCAGGCCUGGGAGGGGCAGGAUCCCUCCAGAUGCCAAGCUUUCAAACAUGUCAGACAUCACAGAUACAGGAAAUCAACCACCUGAACACCCCAUGGGCGCCGCCCAUGUUUGUGACCAUGCGUGUGUCCCUCUGCGCAGCCUGCCUCUCCUUGCUGGUGUCAGCCCUCCAGCCCCCCUGCUCUCCAUCCCCAGCCCAGCCCCUGAGAAGGGACUGAUCCUCAUUCACGGUUACUUCCCAUGACCCACAAUUGGCCUGCCCAUCCCCUGACUUCCUGGUCUCCCAGAUUCCCUGCUCAGUGUGGGCAGCCCUGCACAGUGGAGUCAGGAACACGUCUGCCCCAGUCCAACGACACCUACCUCACAAUAACUGCAAGAGAACGUCACAGUGUUUUUAAGUUUAUUUAUUUUCUUGGAGAGAGAGAGAGAGAGAGACAACGAGAGACAACCACAAGCA